AUGGCGUUUCAUAGUUCAAUGGUUGCAAGAUGGCUAAGUUCGAGUAUGACGAGUCGGGUGGCACUUCACUUUAUUUUCUGGUUUCUUUCUAUGCACUUGUCCUUUUUCCACUUACGUAUUACUUGUGGCCUUCUAAGCACAAAAAGGAUGAUCCAGAGAAGGCCCGAAAAGCAUGUCACUGUGACCCGUGCGAGUCAAAAAGGGCCCAGAUUAAGGCCCCCACCACUUCCAGCACUGUCAAAAACUUUGCCAGGUGGACAUUUUUGUUUUUGGCAUGGGUCAUCUUUAUUCUAGUAGCGCUGAAAGCUUCCCAAGUAGAAAGAGAUCAUAUUGAGUAUGAUCCCUUUGAAAUUUUACAAGUAGACAGGGGAGCGUCAGAGGCAGAGAUCAAACGUCAGUAUCGUAAACUCAGCAAGUUACACCAUCCUGACAAAGAGGGCGGCGAUGCGUCCAUGUUCAUGAAGAUCGCUAAAGCUCAUGCUGCGUUAACAGAUGAAGAGUCGAGAAGGAACUGGGAAGAGUAUGGCAGCCCUGAUGGCAGACAAGCCACAACUUUUGGUAUUGCUCUGCCUGCCUGGAUUGUGGAUCAGAAUAACUCUGUAUGGGUGUUGGCUGCAUAUGGAUUAGCCUUCAUGGUCAUCUUGCCAAUUGCUGUGGGUACGUGGUGGUAUAGAUCCAUCCGCUACACUGCAGUAGAGAUCCUGAUAGACACCACACAGCUUUUCAUGCACUUUCUCUACAAGACCCCUUGUAUGAACCUCAAACGUGCCUUGAUGAUCUUAUCUGGAUCAUUUGAGUUUGAGAAGAGUCAUAACAGUCAGGUCGUCAACAGACCAAGCGACAAUGAAGAGCUCCCUCCUCUUGUGAGGGAGUUUUCAAAUGACAUUGGUCUGAAGAACAAGGAGCGGCCAUUCUGCUAUCCGUACAGUGUGAAGGUCCGGACACUGAUAUACGCCCACCUUGCUCGGGCAGACCUACCCCCUAAAACAUUGGAUGUCGAUCGUCUCUAUGUUGUGAAGAAAUGCCCUCAGCUCAUUCAGGAGAUGGUCAACACAGCUGCACAACUCAUCUUCUGGCACAAAAUUAACAAAGGAAAUCCUUCCAAAGAGCCAAGGCUGGAGACAAUAGAACACAUCAUGAAGCUGAGUCCAAUGGUUGUACAGUCCACAUGGGAUAAGUCCCCACUCAUGCAGCUUCCACACUUCACAGAAGAGACGCUAAGACUGUGCCAGUCAAAGAGGAAAAAUGUUAAAAGUAUAUCACAGUUCAUCAAGCUGAAAGAUCUUGACAAGAGGUAUAUUCUUCGUCAUCUAGAUGAAAGGCAGUAUCAGGAUGUGCUUAACGUCUGUGCUAGUCUGCCUCUGAUAGAUGCAGACCUUAAAUUAGAAGUUGUUGACGACGAUGACAAGGCUACAAUAACAGCUGGAGCCUUUGUGACUGCCACAGUGUAUCUCAGGAGAGAUACAUUUACAUUACAAUCAGAUGGUGAUAUAAGCAGUAGUAACAUGGCUAUAGAAGCAGGCGGCGACACAGAAGAUUUAAAGACAGAAGAGAAGGAUUCUCCAUCUGUCAAUAAAAAUAAGCCCAAGGCCUGGGAGAAGCAGCAGAAGAAGAAGAAAGGAAAGACAGGUGGUGGUGGAGGUGGUAACAAGCCCAAACCCAAGAAGCAACAAGAGAAAGAAAAAGAAAAAGAAAAGAAGUCUGCCACGAAGCCUGCCUCUCUGACAGCUAACAGCACUCCUUCUAAGGACAGCACUAAUGAUGAUAACCUUGAUGUCAUGGCUGUUGAUCAGGACGAUGAAAACGGGAGUGGUCUGGACAGCGAUGAUGAGGCCAGCCAGAAGUCUGCAAGUGAUGAAGAAGUAAUAGAGGAUGCCGGAGAGGAUGAGGAGGAGUGGGAUGAGCUUCAGUCUACUCUGACUAGGAAGGAGAAGGUCCUGGAAGGCAUUAGUAAAGAAUCUCAUGAGGUUCACUCACCUUACUACCCAGAGGUGAAGCAUGAGUGGUGGUGGGUUUACAUAGCUGAUAGGAAAUCACACAAGCUGGUCACAUCACCAACCAUGGUCUACGAUCUCAAGAAUAAGAAAGAGGUUCAACUCCAGUUCCGAGCCCCGUCGAAGGGUAACUACCAGUUCUCUCUCUGCGUUCGUUCAGACUCCUAUCUGGACUUGGAUCUUAUCAAAUCAAUCAAGGUUGACGUGAAGGAAGCAAAGAAGGUGGAGGAGCACCAUCCGCAGUGGGACAUCUCUGACGAUGAGAAGGAGGACGAUGCAGAGGACAGCGCUGUCUCUGAUUACACCACUGAUGAUGAAGAGAGUGACGAUGAAUAGAUUCAAGGAGAUCCUCAUGCAAAGCGCUGGCUGCAGACUAGAGAUGGGCAUUAUCAGGCGAGAGACAUCACCUUCUUCUCAGUCAGUUGGAGAUUGUUUUGAAAGGCCUGUUCACACUGAGCUCUUUUUCCUUGGGCAUGUAGUGACCCGGCAAAUGUGAACAAGCCUUCAAAAGCAUAUUUAACUUUUGAAAAAUAUGUGUCGAAAAAUCAAUCUAAUAGGAAGCAUUAUUGUUUGGAUAGUUAUUUAUGAUUACUUUUGUCAAUAUUAGUACCAUGGCACCCAUACAAAUUAUGUUGAAAGUCACAGUCUAUUUUUCCCUCGUCCCAGUAUUAAAUUGGGGUCACAAUUUCAGGGAUAAUUGUUCAUAUAGUCUUUGCCAAAUUACAUGUAAAGAUCAUAAUCUCAUGUCCAUUUCAAAACAUCAAAUGGUAUGUUUUAACAAAGAUGAAAAAGUGUGGAUGAGUCAAGUAAGGAAAUUACAUAAUUUCAAUAUAUAGCAGAACAAAAAUUAAAUGUUGCUGCCUUUUUUAACCUAUGGGAGGCCAAUGUCAAUCGAAUCUUGUGUACAUGUACCAUUAUAAAUUAAAACAUCAUUCUGUUUUGGGGAGAAUUUCUGCUUUGAGAGGUUUCGCUGUAAAGUGUGUCCCAGUAAACAUGGCAGAAAUUUUCCAUCUUAAUGAAUAAUUUCCUUGAUGAGAUAUACAUGUCUGAAAAGCUUUGCUUCUUUUCUUUCAUUUGAUGUACCACUUAUUAUUUAUAACUCAUGCAUGAUUGAAUUAAAACUAUGGAAAGUGGUGCUGCCGAAAUGUCAUUGGCACACACAAAUUGCAGCUUUGAGUGAGUUUUGCUAGUAGUAAACCUAAUUAAUUUGAAAAAA